AUGGCCCCAAUUGCUCAACAACACCAGCUGGUUGACCUCGGCCAGAAGAGCUUGUUUGUCUCUGCCGCGGCAAUUGCCUUCAACCCGACAUUCUGGAACAUUGUGGCCCGUCGCGAGUAUCGCACCCGGUUCAUGACCAAAGCAUUCGGCGGCAAUGCACAGGCAGCAUGUUACUGCCUCGCCGCCACCAUCUUUGGCCUCGGCCUGUGCCGUGACUUCCUCUACGAGCGUGCCCUCCGCCACCAGCCCACGCACCCCCUUCUCGACACCGACGUCGCCAACUACCUCGGCUACGCCCUGAUCGCCGGUGGCAACAUCCUGGUCCUCACCUCGACGUGGGCACUGGGCAUCACGGGCACCUUCCUGGGUGACUACUUCGGCAUCUUGAUGGACCACAUGGUCACGGGCUUCCCCUUCAGCGUCUGCGACGCCCCCAUGUAUUACGGCUCUACCAUGAGCUUCCUCGGCACAGCCCUCCUGUACGGCCGACCCGCCGGCAUCCUCCUGACUGCCUGGGUGCUCACCGUCUACCUCGUUGCCCUGCAGUUCGAGAACCCCUUCACUGCCGGGAUAUACGCCAAGAGAGAGCGGGAGACGGCCUCCAAGACCAAGACCGAGGGCAAGAAGCAGAAAUAA